UCUAAACCACUUUUACUGGUGAAUGAGGCUGAGCCCACCGCCUCCCUUCCCGGACUUCAUCCGUCAGUCGCGCCGACAUCAGGUGCCACAGUCGGCUGUAACGUCACGAUCCCACCGAUGAGUCAGACCCUGCCAACCACAAGAGAUGCAGCAUGCCAGUGUGAUGAGCUGCAAAAGGCCACAAGAGAAAUUGGAUGUCAAACAGACUGCUAUGUGGGGAGAAGGACAGUGGCCACCCAACUGUCCAAAAGAGCACUGUACAACAGAAAGACUACAGGCUCUCAAGCCACAGUGGCGACAAGACGUGUUGCUGUGGGCAACAACACAUCCCAGUUUCUCCCACUCUGCUCUUCAACACCACAGAAGCGCAGAGCUGGUCGAGAUGAUGGCCCACAAGCAAAACGCUCUCUCCUGGAAUGUCCCUCUCUUCAGGAAUCUGACGUAACCUCAGUCAGUGCAGAUCCUGAUGAUUCCAGCUAUCUCCCCAGCAUAUCAUCACUGGAUGACACCAUCAGUGACCAAAGUGCCUGUAUGAGAGUUGCCUCUACAGAAGAGUAUGGAGGAGUCAGCCACUUCUGGGCAGCUAUCCUGCGGGGCAUCUGCAACUGUCAGCUGCUGUCUAUUACACAGACUCAUCAUUUGUGAUGACAGACUAAAAAGGUGCUCAGUGCAAUGCAUGUGAAAACCUUCACAAGGAUGACCCAUCAAAAUCAUGUGCGCCACUUCAUUCUGCCAUCCGUCCUACAUAAAUGGCGAUCACAUCAGACUGACCUGCUUGAAGGACUGAAAGAAAGAGACACUGUGUCCCUUGGUGGAUAUG